AUGACCCAAUACAUUCUCACCGGGACAAGCGGCCGCCUGGGGUCUCGCGUCCUGACGUUCAUCCUUGAGAAGAAGCUGAUCGCACCCACGGACCUUAUCAUCUCGGCCACGAAUCCGGAUCGCGUCCCAUCUAUCGUGAAGCAAUAUGGCCUCGAGGUCCGCCGUGGCGACUACACCGACCGCGAGUCACUAGAGGCCGCCUUCACCGGAGGCGAUGUCUUGUUCCUGGUUUCGCACAACGACCCGGGCACACAGCGUGUCGAAUACCACAAGACUGCCAUCGAGAGUGCUCGAGCCGUGGGCGUCAAGACGGUCGUCUACACCAGUAUGAUGUUCGGCGGGGAGACUGGCCUCGACAGUGUCAUGGGCAUCCAGCAGGGCCACGUCCACACGGUCAAGUAUCUGAUGCAGUGCGGGAUGGACUACACCGUGCUCCGUGAGGGCCUGUACGCCCAGAUCUGGGGAUACUACGCCGACAUCCGGUACGGGAUGUGGAAGAAGGGUCAGGUGCUUUUCAAGAAAGGCGACACGGAACCCUUGGAGUGGGUCAUCCCUAAUGACGCUGCCAUUGCGUGGGUCGACAUCGAUGACCUCGCCGAGGGCAACGCGCUCAUUCUCGCCGACUACAAAAAGUACGUCAACCAGACCCUGCGCCUCACGGGGCCACGAGCCACGUCGGUCAGCGAGAUCGCGAAGCUGGUCGAGGAAAGGACCGGUCGCAAGGUAGACCUCCGUUUCGUGGGGCGAGACGAGGCCGUGAAAUGGCACAAGGAGCAUCACACCGUCCCGCCACAGUCCUUUGACUGGCUGGAGAACAAUUGGGGUGGGUGGUGGGAAGGUCUGGCAAAUGGUGAAGGCGAAGUCGUGGACCGGAUCUUGUCCCAGGUACUCGGACGGCAAGCGAAGGGCUUGCUCGAGAUUGCGGACGAAAUGUUGACGCCGCAGUGA